AUGGGCCUGGAGCUCUACCUGGACCUGCUGUCCCAGCCCUGCCGCGCCGUCUACAUCUUCGCCAGGAAGAACGGCAUCCCCUUCGAGCUGCGCACCGUGGAGCUGCUCAAAGGCCAGCACCUCAGCGACGCCUUUGCCCAGGUGAACCCCGUGAAGAAGGUGCCAGCCCUGAAGGAUGGGGACUUCACCUUGACAGAGAGUGUGGCUAUUCUGCUCUACCUGAUGCGCAAGUAUAAGGUCCCUGACUACUGGUACCCUCAGGACCUGCAGGCCUGUGCCCGUGUGGAUGAAUACCUGGCAUGGCAGCACACGACCCUGCGGAGAAACUGCCUCCGGGCCCUUUGGCAUAAGGUGAUGCUCCCUGUUUUCCUGGGUGAGCCAGUAUCUCCCCAGAUGCUGGCAGCCACCCUGGCAGAGUUGGACGAAACUCUGCAGUUGCUCGAGGACAAGUUCCUCCAGAACAAGGCCUUCCUCAUCGGGUCCCACAUUUCCCUGGCUGACCUGGUGGCCAUCACGGAGCUGAUGCAUCCUGUGGGUGCUGGCUGCCAAGUCUUUGAAGGCCGACCCAAGCUAGCUGCAUGGCGUCAGCGUGUGGAGGCGGCAGUGGGGGAGGACCUCUUCCAGGAGGCCCACAAGGUCAUUCUGAAGGUCAAGGACUCUCCACCUGCGGACCCCACCAUAAAGCAGAAGUUGAUGCCUGGGUUGCUGGCCAUGAUCCGGUGA